CUGCAACGCAUACCUCAUUUGAGAGUGUCACAUCCCAUCCUGCCUUUGCUGAUCCUUUGGCUUCCUUUCGGGCUUUUGUCUGAGAGAGCGAAAGUCACAAGUAGUUUAGGUGCUGAACGCCGGCACAUAGGAGGAAACUGAAAUAAGGAGUAGCCUGGGAGAAGAUAGAGGAGCUAUAACACACCACUGAAAUUGCCCCGCUGUGAGAAGGAGAGACGGAUCUUCUCCGACACGAGGCGGGUGGAGAGCCAUGACAGAAUGGUGGACUGCUUGAGCAAAGUCAUGCUGCACACGGUCAUCUCAUGCUGGCAGCCAGUCCUGGGACUGGCCCUGCUGGCCGUCUUUGUGGGCUCCUCCCUGGGCUGCCCCUCCCGCUGCGAGUGCUCAGCGCAGACUAAGGCUGUGGUGUGCCACCGCAAGCGCAUGCCCACCAUCCCUGAUGGCAUUCCAGGUGAGACCAGGAUCCUUGACCUGAGUAAGAACAAGCUGACCAUGAUCAACCCGGACGAUUUUGCCGCCUUCCCAAGUCUGGAGGAACUCGACCUGAGCGGGAAUAUAAUCAGCUACGUAGAACCGGGUGCCUUCAAUGCUCUAUUCGUCAUGCACUCGCUCAGCCUGAAGAGCAAUCGGAUCAAGCUUAUCCCUUUGGGCGUCUUCUCGGGCCUGGCCAACCUUACCCGGCUGGACGUGAGCGACAAUAAGAUUGUCAUACUCCUGGACUAUAUGUUCCAGGACUUGCACAAUCUCAAGUUUUUGGAGGUGGGCGACAACGACCUGGUUUACAUCUCGCACCGUGCAUUCAGUGGACUUUUGAGUUUGGAGACACUGGCCCUGGAGCGGUGCAACCUCACCGUGGUGCCCUCCGAGGCUCUCUCGCACCUACACAACCUGGUCAGCCUGCACCUGCGAUACCUCAGCAUCAGCACUUUGCAUCCAUAUUCCUUCAAAAAGCUGUUCCGGCUGCGCCACUUGGAGAUUGACAGCUGGCCGUCGCUGGACCACAUCCCGGCAAACACCCUGCAUGGCCUCAACCUCACCACCCUGUCUGUCACCAACACCAACCUGUCGUCCUUUCCCUACCAGGCCUUAAAGCACCUGCCCUACCUGACGCACCUCAACCUGUCCUACAACCGCAUCCGGCACAUCGAAGGGGGAAUGUUGAUGGACCUGGUUCGCCUUAGGGAGUUUCACCUGGUGGGCGCUCAGCUCACCGCCAUCGAACCAUACGCCUUCCAAGGCCUGCGGGGACUGAAGGUGCUCAACGUUUCGCACAACCGGCUGGACACACUGGAGAAGGGCGUGUUCCAAUCCCCGGAAGCUUUGGAGGUCCUCCUUAUUGACAACAACCCGCUAGUAUGCGACUGCCGCCUCAUGUGGAUCUUACAGAAAAGGCACACCAUAUUAUUCGGAGAUUCCCAGCCGGAAUGUAACACGCCCGAGGGGAUCCGAGGCAGGCCUUUUCAGGAGUUUAAGGAAAGCUUGCUGUCUUACUACGUGACCUGCACCAAGCCAAAAAUUCGUGAGAACAAGACGCAAACGGUGACAGUGGAUGAGGGCCAGCACGUUUUGCUGCACUGCAGUGCUGAGGGGACGCCAAGGCCCACUGUGUCCUGGGUUUCCCCGCGGCGGCGCAUCCUGACAGCCAGGAGCCACGGCAGGGUAAUGGUGCACAACAACGGAACCCUGGAGAUCAAGUCGGCUGAAAUUCAAGAUGGCGGCGUCUACCUCUGCCUCGCCUCCAACACGGCUGGGAAUGACACACUGAUGACAUCACUGGCCGUCAAGAGUCUGGGCUCACUGUACGCCAACAGGACCCAGCAUUACACCGACCCCAGCAACACCACUGCCAACGGGACCGCCAGUGUCACCCUGGGCUUGGACCUCAAAACCAUUUUGGUAUCGACGGCCAUGGGCUGUUUCACCUUCCUGGGGAUGGUCUUGUUUUGCUUCCUGCUCCUGUUCGUCUGGAGCAGGGGCAAAGGAAAACAUAAAAACAAUAUCGACGUGGAAUACGUGCCUCGAUCCAAGUCCAACGGCACCAACGUGGACUCGGCCGACAUCCAGGCCGGUCCUCAUCGUUUCAACAUGAAAAUGAUGUGACGUCUUUUUAUAGGAAAAGAUUCUGGAUCGAGUGUGGAAAAUAUCCCAAAGUACAUUCUAUUUUUUUGCAAAUAGAGCCACAGCGUGCGGACGAGUGGUCUUAAAGGUCUUUGGGGUUAAGGAACAAUGAGCAGAACCUUGAACAUACAGCUAGUAGGAUGUCGGAAUUGCUUCAGCUCAGAGGAGGAUUGAACAGAUUCCUGGGAAUUAAGUGUCAUUUAUCUGCUUUUUGAGAUUUGUAUGCCCCCUAAACAGAAAAAGAGAGAGCGAAUGCUCUGACUUCUCGGGGUUGGAUCUUCUGGACUCAGCUGAACUGUGUACAGUACCAAUUUGUAUCUAAUGCUAAAAAAAACCUUUGUUGAGUCUUGCGCCACAUGCUUCAUCACCCAUCCGAUCAACCAAUGGCGGUGACCAUCGCUUCUUCCGUUCGAUAUUUUUGCCUGUGUGUACCUAAUGCUUUGUUUAUUAUGUACACUUACUGUAUGUACAUACUCAUUCAAAAGAAAUAUUCACAGCAAUAUUCAUGGGAUGCAUUAGCCAAAAUUGAUAUAACCCUAUACAGUAUGUUCAGCAAAAAAAACAAUAAAAAAAAGACUUGCGACUUAAAGUUUCCAUAGGUUCAGGAAGGGCUUCUAUGGGUGAUGAUGUGUCCCUGCUCCCCCACUAUUGACUCAGAAAUAAGAAAUAUGAAUAAAUACAUAUUUAUCAAAGAAAGUAUUUUAUUUAUGAAGAAUGUUGGUCAAAAAUCAACCCUCAACUGCUGUCGGGUGUCCAAUAUAAUAUCUGGACGGUCCCUUGGAUGAACAUGAACCACCGUUUUGUCCGACUUCAGUGUCUUUCUAUUCAUUUAAAGUGUACCUUUUUGGCCCAUGUGUCAACUUUUUGGCCAGUGUGUCAACUUUUUGCUACAGUGAUAUUCGCAUUGUUUCUUUAUUCUUUCCCCAGUAGAAAAAAAUUGACUUUGUUGUAGUAGUUCCUCAUUUUGUUGUUGAAUCAUUUAGAUAAUGACUAUUAAAAAAAUAAAAAAUGUGUAUGUGGAAUAAAUGCAGUUGUAUUUGUACAUGUGACUGAAGUCAGUUUUAUUAAUGACACAACGCAGCUGUCGUAUAAUUGUGUAGUCGCAAAUGGUUUGAAUUAAAAUUGAAAUAAAUGUUACUGUGGCGGGCGCCUU